UCUUCCAUUUUGGUAUAAAAUGGAACCCAAACCCUUAUUUUUCUCUCUAGCCUGCUGACUCUCUCUAUUACCUUUCAUUUCUCCUUUCAGGAGGUCGGUUUUCGUGGUUUUCGUUUCUUCAUCAGCUCAGAUUAGGUUUUUCAAACAAGAUCUGUAAGAAAAUGAAUCAAUAUGCAGUCCAGAUGAACUCUCAUGGUACUACUUAUGAGGAUGUUAGGAGCUUUGACCGGAGAGAGAAGGAGACUGUAGUUUGUCCAAAGCCGCGUCGAUUUCCUCUUGUGAACUCGACUGUGAAUGAUCCGGUUAGAUCAUUCAGAUGGCAUCAUAGUUAUGUACCUGAUCCAUGUGAAUCCAGAGUUGGAGCAGAUCUGUUGGAUAUCCUCCUCCCCAAGGGUGGUGGUGGUGGUUAUGGUUAUGGUCUGGAUCAAGUAUCCUCGUCGCCCCCAUUUUUUUGUGGGUCACCGCCGAGCAGAGUAUCUAACCCUUUAAUCCAAGAUGCGCGAUUUGGGGACGAGAAGUUCUCUCCAAUAUCGCCUCAAACCAUUCCAAUUCCCUCUGGUUUGUCUUCUCCAUCGCCCACUCCUUCCUCCAGGAAAGGAGGAUGCAUUAGGGCUAACUUUGGAAACAAUCCGUCUGUGAGAGUUGAAGGGUUUGACUCACUGGACAGGGAUCGACGUAACUGUAGUAUCCCUGCUCUGGCCUAGAUGAAAGUAAAUACCGAGAAGAAGAAGGAAGCUAAGCUAAGUUGAUUUUGCAAUGGUUUUUUGACAAGUGAGGAAGAUCAUGAGAAGAAUCCUUGUUUUGUUUAGAGUUUUUUUGUAAAUAGUGUUGAAAAAAAGUCUGUAUCUAAUGAGUUAAGUUGAGUCUAGAAGUCUAGUUUUGUAUGUAAAUGGGUUUAGUAGUAAGUUAAAAAUAAUUUGAGGUAAGAUGUGUGAAGAUCUUUGUAGGAAGCAAAUGGUGAGAAGAUGGAAAAAGAGACCAAACCACAUGGAUCAUUGUAAGUAUGACAGAAAAAAUGUGGUCUCUUUCUUUUAUAUAUAUAUAUAUUAUUCAAAUUCCAUUUUGGGUUUUGAUAGAUUACUAUAUUAGUUGUAGAUAGCUGUUUUUUUUGUUUUUUUUUUUUGUAAAGGAACAAAAAUUGUAUAAAGCAAGUCAUUGUGUAGUUAUAAACUUAUUAUCCUUUUUGAGUAAUUUUCAACAUUUUUCUUAAUUUUAUUGUAUAUACA